CCCUUGGCCACCCAUCGAAAGCCACCUUCGGCAAAUGGAUGGUCCAGAUCGUAGGUUUGAAAGGUGGCUUCUUGGGCAUUAUUGCGCCGAGCCGUUUGGGACGCAUCCACUCCGUCACUUCCGGUAGCAGGAGCGCCUCCACCGUUGAUACAGGAAUGACAUCGCGAGACACCAACUGACUUUCUCCACUGAUUGUUGCUGUAGGAAUGGCGGUCCAGCACCCUGUUGCAAGUGGCACACUGACGGGUUGACAUGAUGGCUACAACCUUCAAUGCUGUUAUCUUCCUCCUCCUAUGACAUAGAUCGACGUGCCAAUGAGCAAUCGGGUUGUGAGGGGAUCUUCUUGCAGGGCGAGAUCCCAAGAAAAUCCGACCUGGAUCCAUACAAACCAGUUUAGCUGUCAAAGAUAUUUGAAUUGUUUUUGUCAAAAAAGAAGGCUCCCGCGGGAUUGAUAUACGCGCAUUGGCCACCACGACCACGACCACAUGGACACACGCGGAAGCAAAACCAAAGAACAGAGCCAUCACAAUGAGAAGUGCGUGAGAUCUGGCAACGCUGAAUCCGUGGACGCUGGGACCUCAACAUCACAUCACCUUGGACCUCAACACAACAUCACCUUGGACCACUUCCGCAUGCAAUAGUGUGCUUUGGAGGCACUUGUAGCUGCGAUUAUCUACUCGAGUAGCUGCCUUGCUCGCCCCCGCUGAUUAUCCUGCCGAUUGUUGCGGCAGGCUACCCCGUUUGCAUUAUUAGUUCAGGUGCAACUUUGUUUAUCUAUCUAUCUCAAGCAAGAUGGUGGCAGCUGCCAAGACGGCGGAUACAGUGGUGGAUGCGGUGGAUUUGCUGGAUGCUUCCUUUCACAACCUGGCAACGGUCGAGGAGAAUGACGUCCAAAAAAUCAAGUCACCGGGCCGUGAUGAAGAUUUUGUAGCCUUUGUGGAGGGUAGCAAGCCUCUCAAGGAGAACACGGCCGAAGACAUGCUAUCCAAUUCGGCGCGAUCACUGCAUAAUAACAAUAAAGACGACAAGGCCGAAUUGGAGGAAAUCCGACGAGAUAUUCAACAAGGACUGGAACCCGAUUUGGUAGUGACGGAUACCUGUAGCAAGAGAACCUCGGUCACCAGUCUUCAAAAUGGAGAACUGUCGCUGCCAACAGAACCACAACCCAAACGCUUCACGUCUCCCAAAGAUUUCGAGUUGCUCAAAGUCAUUGGAAUGGGAGCUUUUGGAAAAGUACUGCAGGUCCGAAACCGCACAUCUGGACAAAUUUUAGCCAUGAAAGUUAUCUCCAAACGAUUGCUCAAGCGAAAGAGUGGUUAUGUCGAAAACAUUCGUGCCGAACGCAAUAUUCUCACACGAGUCCGACAUCCAUUUGUCGUCAUGAUGCAUGUGUCCUUUCAAAGCAAGUUCAAGCUCUUUAUUGUCAUGGAUUUUCUUGCUGGGGGAGAACUGUUUCUUCGUCUAGGACGGGAGGGGAUUUUCUUAGAAAAGACGGCAGCAUUCUAUCUAGCAGAAAUCAUCUUGGCGCUAGAAUUUCUUCACAAUCUGGGCGUGCUCCAUCGUGAUUUGAAACCCGAGAACAUUCUCUUGGGUGAAGAUGGACAUGUGUGCUUGACAGAUUUCGGAUUGGCCAAAGACUUUUCGGGUGAGGGAGGGUUCCAGAACGAUGAUCACGAAGCGCGAGCUUCCACCAUUUGUGGAACAAUAGAAUACAUGGCACCGGAGAUGGUCGCUCGCAAGGGUUAUGGUCGUGCCGCAGAUUAUUGGUCACUGGGUUGUAUCGCCUACGAAAUGCUCAAUGGACUCCCACCCUUCCGAUCAAAAAUGGGGUCCAAGGAUUUGUUUCGCAAAAUCAUGUCCGAAAAAGUCAAAAUGCCUGAUGGAGCCUCUGCUGCGGCUUGUAAACUGCUCAAAGGAUUGCUUCAUAGAACGCCACAUUCACGGUUGGGCGCGGCGCGGAGUACCAUGUUUGAAGUCGGAGGACCGGCUGGACUCAAAAAGGUGGAUUUCUUCAAAACAAUUGAUUGGGAAAAGUUGGAACGGAAGGAAGUGGAGCCACCCGAACGAUUGACUGUACAGAAUGAUCAAGAUUUGCAGCAUUUUCAUGAUGAAUUUACCACAAUGCCGCUACCUCGAUCCGUUGUCGUGGAGACUCACGACAGUUUCGUUGCGAGGAGAAUUGAAUCCGACAAUUUUAGGGGUUUCUCUUUUAUCCAGGAAGACUUUAUGUUGCCCGAGAGGGACCAACAGGAGCUUGAGAAUUAUUGGAACAGCGCUGACGAAGAAGGGGAGUCCGAGUCGGAAUGUGCCUCGAGCAAAAUGGGAUCCGAUGACGGAAAACCACAGGAGCCGAUUGUGCCAAUUGAACCCGAAAAGAAAAAGAGGCCGCCGCGAAAGCGAAAGAAAAAGAACAAGGUGGCCGAGACGGCUGCAAACAUUGCGGGAGCGGGUUCCGAUCUUGCCUUGAGUGUCAAGAGCGAAGAGUCCGAUGUGACACCAAAGCAACAACAUGCAUCCACUCCUGUCAACGGCGCUAUCACAACGCCUCCAAAGGCCGAGACUGUUGCCGCAAAGGUUUCCCCACAGAAUGCGAAACCAGCUACCACACAAAAGUCAAAGACUUUGCAUGCAGCUCCGGCACAUCCACCCAAGGUUGAUGCUCGGCAGGCUGCCAAAGCCGGGCCCCCAGGGACGACGCCCAAAGCGCAGCCCCUUCAACAACAACCAACGCGACAGCAACCAGGAAGGGGUCAACCAAAGCAGCCACAGCGGAACCCACAACAACCAUGGGGACAGCAGCAACAGCCGUAUUCGCUGGACCGAUCGCGGAACCUAAAGUAUGCUCCGCCACAAAGGCGAGGUCUCGCUCCCACUCAAGGGAGCUUGGAAGGUGCUGGUCCCCAUUACUCGCAGCAACACGGUGUGCAGCAGAAGAAAGGAUGGACUGUUGUUGCGCAACCAACCGCUACGCCUCCAGCACCUCGCGGGUGGGCCAACCAAUCCACACCUAACCGUCCCUCCCCCCAGACCCAAUCCACACCCACCCGUCCCACCGGCCCCAAUCCUACAACUCCACGUGGGCCUGCACCAGGCUCGUGGGCUGCCAAAAUUAGCUCUCAAAAGCCGCCAACACGUGCCGCCAAAAUUAUGGAGCCACCGCCACCCCCGUCGCCCAUGACCACGCGACAAGCAAUCGUAGAUGUUCCUCCAUCGCCGUCCUCCGAUUGGCGCAGCCACACCAUGAGUCCAUCUCCCCGAAAAGCAAAGACUGCGGAGAAUUGGCCUGGAUUGAGCGACUUUCCAGCUCCACCCACUCUAAAGCCCACGACACCUAGUAAGGCUAUGAAGCCGCUACAAGGCGCUUGGGCCUCGAGAAAGUAAGAAAGUGGUGCCCAGCUAGCUAUGCAUCUACGGCAGCUUUCAUCCACUGUUUUCUUGUGUGCAAAACGGGAGAGAUUGAUGAAAAUAAAUUGUUAAUAUGAGAUGAAGUAUAAGCUAUGGCUUGCUAAUAUGACGAUUCGAUUCGAUUCCAUUACUAGUAACCCACAGAGUAAAAAGAUUCGAUUCGAUGGUGCAGAACACAUCGCAUCCACAGUGGUGCUGUAGAUUAGAUGUUGUAGCUUCUUACUCGUCGUCCGAGUCUUCAUCGGUAUUGCGAUACGAGCGCUUCACAUCCACGGGAACAUUCCUCGACUUCCUGGUCGGUUCCUUCGUCCAAUAGAGACCCAAUCUUUUGCCCUCGUCGUCGUUGUCAGGCAAAGCUGUCGAGGUUUUGCUGCCAGUUGCGGUGGCUUUGGUGUUCUUGGCACUCAUCUUGCUCGUUCUGGCAGUACUAGUAGUACUUGUAGUACUUGUAAUCGUCUUCCUGUUCACUUCGGUCGUCGUUGAGCAAAGAUUACUCUCCUCUUCUUGCUCUUCAUCCUUUGCCUCGUCACCUCGGAUUUCAAUUUUUGCGCUGCCAAAAGCCUUUACCAAAGCUUCCAAUUCGUCCGACGUCACAUAGUGUUCUUGUUUCGAGGAGUGCCUCGAGCACGCUUUGAGGGGCGUAACGACCAACUUUGCAGACCAUCCCGUAGUGAGUCCAACAUCCGAAUCGUGGUCCUGGGGUUUACCACCGCCCACGGGCACAUUCUCGUUCUCGUGGAGGAGGCAACUAUCAGGAGUAUCUUUGAAAGUAUCUGGGAAAGCUUUGCUCAGUGGGGUCAUCUUUUUGGUGUUGAGCUUCAUGGUGAUGCGGUAGUAGUGAGAUGAUUGGUAGAGGUUGGAUUGCUUUUUGGGGUAGCUUUUGGUUUUCUUGUUUUCUGUUUUAG